AUGUGGAUUCCGUGUCCUCAUCCGUCACGACAACCUCGCCAAGUCAAUACGCAUUCAAUCCCUAUAUCAACUACCCAUCGAUAAGCUCUUCGGCCCCCGCAUAUCCAUAUCAAAAUUUCGGUGAACUCACCAAUUCAGACGGGAUGAACAAUAACAGCACAAAUUCAAUACAAUACCACCACCAGUCAGCAAACAGUACACCCCUGUCGCCGGUUGACAGCGCAAGUUAUUUUUACAAUUUUAGCAAUCCCAACGGCAAUCAAUUCGACCUGUCCAAGAUUCUUUACCUUCCGUCCUAUGACUUGAUGUCGGCAGAUGGAAGUAAGGAGAAAGUAACAUUGGAAUAUGAUCAAUCACCAUCCGUGGGCGAUUGGACGGCUGGCAUUAAUAACAUUAAUAGUAAUGCAAAGAUAAAAAGACAAUCAAUCGGCUGUUCAUCACCCACUGGAAAUGGACCAAAUGGUAUUGCAAAUAAGAACAAUUCCCCGGUGACUUCACCAUCAUUGGCCGAUGGCGAGGUCGCCGGUCUGAGCACUUCUACACAUACAAUGGCAGCCAAGAGGCCUAGAUCAUCUUCGCGUGCAUCCCUGAACGGCGUUAGCAAUAACGGUAGUAGUGGUGGUUCGUCGUCCAAGAGCGCGAUGCCGACAACGUGCACCAACUGUCAUACGCAGACAACCCCUCUGUGGCGUCGCAAUCCCGAGGGUCAGCCUUUAUGCAAUGCGUGCGGUUUGUUCCUAAAGUUACAUGGUGUGGUGAGACCGUUGAGCUUAAAGACGGACGUGAUCAAAAAACGUAAUCGCGGUGGAGCUGCGACGACCGGCAAGAAUUCGUCGAAAUGUGGUAAAGGGACGGUGCAGCUUGGGGCCGGAGCAAGCAUGAGCGUCAUGGGAAAGAGGGUUUCACAGACCAAUUCGAUGACUUCACGUUCGCACCUCGGAAGUUCACCAAAUUCUGUCUCGAUAUUAUCAACGUCCGCGCCCACGAAUGCCCAAUUCACAUUUAAUGCGAGGCAACACGUGAUGCCAAAGAGGCAGAGGAGAUUUUCGAGUGACGAGCAACAAAUCUUACACCCACAGCUUGGCGGGGAGGUUCAUCCUCAAUCUCAGGGUUAUGGAUUGAUAAAAAGUCCCGUUAGUUCGAUCGCCUCCUCUAACGAUGCACAAUUGAUAAUGGCAAUGUCGUCCGGUCCCCCUCCGUCCAAUGCCAACUCAUACAAACAAUCGAGUGCCGCUUCGGCGGACGCAAUAGCAUCAAGCAAAGCCCACUCACGGUUCCGAUCGCAUACCACCUCGUCAAUAUUGUCAACUGCCACGUCACAACCGUCAUCGGCCGGCGUUAGCAGUGUAACCCCGACGCCCACACCGCCAAGGUCUUCCCAUUAUCAACAGUUAUUCGUGUAUGCUUGGCCCGACGAGCAAAUGAUGCAGUCGGCACUGUCGGGUGAGGAUGAGGACAUAAUCAUACCUUCAAAUGGCACCUUCGAACAUUAUGUGGACACUGAGACGGCCGGUGGACCGAAUGCGACCAUGGAUCUGGACAUUUUCUCGGGAAACAUUCUCAUCUAG